AUGAGAUCGGUGAGGCGAGAUACCAUGCAUAUUGUUGCUGUUGUCAUCACCUUCUUUAUAGCAACUGUGAGGGGCCAGGAGUCGUCUAUUGUCAACACAGCGAUGGGGACGCUGGUAGGUUUUGCGGUACCGGCUAAAAACAACGAACUGAGGGGCAUGGUUCACAGUUUUCUAAACAUUCCGUACGCCAAAUCCCCGGAGGGAGAUCUCGCCUUUAAAAAGCCACAAGAGUACGGUCCUUGGACAGGGAACAGGGACGCUACCGUUAGAGGGCCUAUGUGCGUGCAAGGGUUUAAGUUCCCAGGACCACAAAUGUACCCCGAAUCCAUUGAUUGUUUGACACUGGACAUUCGGGUACCCCAUAAUGUUUCACGAUCCAACAGUAUACCCGUGAUAAUAUGGAUACCCGGGGGUGGAUAUUUUUUCGGUGGCACACAUUACACCGAUGCCUCCGUAUUUUCCGUAUUAUCGAACACAAUCACGGUAACUUUUAACAACCGACUCGGCGUGUACGGUUUACUUUCGACUGGAGAUGCCGAAUGUCCGGGAAAUUACGCAUUGUGGGACCAGAAGAUGGCAAUAGAAUGGGUUCACAAGUACAUAGACGCAUUUGGAGGCGACCCCAAUCGUAUAACUUUGGUUGGACAUUCCACUGGUGCCAGUGCUAUAACUUACCAUGCGAUGAUGCCUGACAACAUUGGACGCUUCCAGCGUAUCAUUCUAAUGAGUGGGACUGCAACGGCGCCAGGAGAAUAUUUGAGCAACCCUCGCAAGGAACUGAUAGCUGUUAACUCGGAGAUUAUGUGUGGUGACUACACUGAAGAUAAUUUUGACAGCAAAGCAUUUAUGGAAUGUAUAAGAGGCAAAACUACAGAUCAGCUCGUUUCGGCUUUAACAACCUACGCCGAAAAAAUUACGACGGAAGCAACCGGCAUUAGGUUAAAACCUGUAAUGAGCAUUGUCAAAGACGGGGACUUCAUACGAGACGAUCCAUCGAAGGUGUUGGCAGACAGAAAAUCCCGAGAAUAUAGCAUGCUGCGGUCUUUAGAUAUUUUGGCGGGAAACGUGGAACAAGAGGGAUCUCAGGUAGACGGCAUAAUCACAGGAAAUGUGAGGGUAAGAUGGAACCUUACUGAGAGUAUAGAAUUCUCCUCAGAUUUAUUGUGUCAAGAAUUGGCACCGGUGAUUGCAAAAGAAGUGUAUAACGUGACGUCAGCGAAUGCAUCAAAAGCUGUGUGCGAUAUGUACACUGUUGAAGGCGGAAAUAACGCUAAUAUUGUUAAUCAAAGUAUCGCCUUUUCAAAUCUAUAUGGUGACGUCAUGGGAGUGGCCCCUCUUGUUGAAAUUUUAAGGAUACAUUCGAAGGACAACCUGGAGACUUCUGCAUUCCAGUACAUAUUCAUGAAGGAGUAUCCAUAUGGCUAUUACUUUGGGAGGUGGCCAUGGCAAUAUGGAGUAGGUCAAGGUCAGGAUUUAUCCUAUCUGUUUGAUGUUUACACCUACCCAUACAUGAUGAACCAAGACGACCUUGAUAUGUCCUUGAAAUAUAUCACAUGGUUUGCAAAUUUCGCACGCAAUGGCAACCCAAACUCACCGAAUGCAAACGUAACGUGGCCUAGGUACACAUAUGAGCAGAAGGAAUAUUUGGAGCUUGACCUUGUUUCUGUUCCAAAGAAAAACUUGUUGUCGGAAAGAAUGACAUUUUGGUUGGAUACGUUCCCUCGUCUGGUAGCAGAAAUACUAACUCCGCCUACAACUACAACUACAACAACAACAACAACUACAACGACAACAACAACUACAACAACUACUACCACAACAACGCCCCGACAGACCACACCCCAACCUGUCAAAACGCCAGGACCUUCACCUUCAGGAAAUGCCGGAAGUGACGACGAUGCAGACAAUGUGAACUCAGGAAGGAGAACAAAGUCUGGCGAAUACCUUUUCCUUUUCCUUUCCUUCGCUGUUUUAGUUUAUAAUGGACGACAAUAA